UAGAGCCAGGCUGCGUGCUGGCCCCGGGGGUAUGACGGAGGAUAUGCGGAAGAACUCCGCGGUUAGUCAGGGAGCCACAUGUGCAAGCUGCUAUCACAAGAUAGUCCAAAACCAAAACAAACCCCCAAACGACUACAUAGAGACAUCGACUGACCAUCAGCUAUGUUCCAAGGCCAAGGAACAAAUACAGACAAAGCAGUGUGUACCGGAGCAGUGGGGACCCAGGGGAAACCAAAUGUUUGCCAUCCAGCCAGGGGUGGCUGAGGGCGGCCAGUUCCUGGGGGGCCCGCCGGGAGUAUGUCAGCUGGAGCUCCAACCAGACAGCAACUCUAACUUCAUGGCGAGUGCCAAAGAUGCCAAUGAGAACUGGCAUGGGAUGCCAGGCCACGUGGAGCCCAUCCUGAUGCAGAGCUCCUCUGAGUUGCCCUCUGACAACCAGGUCUUCCAGGCCCCUGGGCUCCCCGAGGGGGAGGUGCGCAGCCCACCAGAGGGGGCAGAAAUCCCCGGAGCUGAGCCUGAGAAAUUGAGUGGUGCCAGCCCAGUGUGCUCCCCGCUGGAGGACAACGGCUACGCCAGCAGCUCCCUGAGCACUGACAGCCCCAGCAGCAGUCCUGAGCCUGCCUGUGGGACCCCUCGAGGCCCGGGCCCUCCAGAUGCCCUUCUGCCCUCGGUGGCCCAGGCUGUGCAGCAGCUGCAGGCUCAGGAGCGCUACAAAGAGCAGGAAAAGGAGAAGCACCACGUGCACUUGGUGAUGUACCGCCGCCUGGCCCUGCUGCAGUGGAUCCGGGGCCUGCAGCAGCAGCUGGUAGACCAGCAGACCCGUCUGCAGGAGAGCUUCGACACCAUCCUGGACAACCGGAAGGAGCUUAUCCGCUGUCUCCAACAGAGGGCAGCCCCAUCCGGGCCCCAGGAGCAGGGCUAAGGGUGUGCCUCCACAGGGGUGCAGGGGUGUAUGUCCAUAUUUGCAGGCAUGAGUGUGGUUGUGCACAAGGUCCCAUUGCUCCGGAGAGAGGGCUGGCUGCAGUAUUUAUCUGAGGGUUGUGGCUGAUCCAUACCCCUGAGACUUCCCAGCCACCUCUCCACCCUCUCCCCAUCACUCCUCUCAGACUUCGCUCUGCUAAGGCUGUUGUCCUUGAUGGUGGAUUUGCUGUGGACGAAGUGUGGUGGCUGCUCUGGCCUGCCAUGGCUUUUUGGCUACAGUUUUGCCAGGGCGACUGGUAGAGAAUGAGUAUGAGGGAGGGGAGCUGGGGUUGGUGAUCGACACUGCGGCAGGGACGGUGGGGGUGGGAUCAGAGAAGAAGAUAAAGUCCCACUUGAACUCUGCCUUGGGGCACAUGGGAGAUGGGGAUGGGGAAGAUGACAGCGGCAGAACCUUGUGAAGAAUAGGAGAAAGGGAAUUCUAAAACAUCACUUGGAAACAAACCACGCUUCUCCACGGCAAAGGAGCGGUUGCAGCCCAUAUUGAUUUAAGCUUCUGAUGAAAGCAGAUGUGCACUUAUACGCUUGCAAGGAAUGGAUGAGGUGCUCCAAGACUGCUGGGGAAAAAAAAAUCUCACUUUCUUCUCUGUGCCUCUACUUGCUGUCCCUUUCUGGCUUUAGCAACACUGGAUGUUCAAUUAGGUUGGUCUGUUUUCCUGAAAUCAGGCUGUCUAGGCCCAGAGGAGCCAUAGUCGGCUUUCCAGGGUGGGCAGGGGGCAGUGUCAGCCCAGCCUCUGGAAGCUCUCAGGAUGCUGGGUCAUAACCCCUUCCGUCACUGCAUGGUCUUUUCAGUGGGGGUUGACUGGCUCCAGCAGAGGCUCUGUGAAAUGGAGAGUGGGUGAAUUCUGGGGAGAAAUAAGGACUAAGGUAGCCAAGCUCUGUGCUUUGCUUUUGGGAGCCAUGAGGAUGCAAGAUCCUGAUGGGUGAGCAGUGGCAUGACGCUGAGUCUCCCUAUUUGCGAAAUGGGGGUGCUCUUCCUCUCUCUAAAGAGUUCUAUCCCUGACGGUGGGUGAAGGGCAUAUUAGUGAGGUUGAAGCAAUGGUCCUGGGGACUUUUGUGUCUAGCCCUUGCAUGUUGAGUAUGAACCUGGCCUCUGGGCCAAGCCAGGGUGAAUAAACUGGGGCAGAGAAAUACA